AGAAGAGGAUGUAGCUUUAAUUACUUCGGGAAUAUCAACGAAACAUCAUCGUUGGUCACUUUCUACCAAACCACAACGCUCAAAUUGUUUUCUUUUGCUAUCACUGUUACCGAAUCCCUCACUUUCUUCUUCAUCUUCUUCUCCUUUGUCACUUCUCAGCACCACUCAAUCUCUUCAAUUUCUUUCUUCUACUGGCAAUAAGCAUCAGCACACUGCCACAUCCAGUUCCCUUCUGUGUGUUCCUUUCUUCUACUCUCUCCAGUCCAGCCAAAACGAAGCUCCUUCCAUCAUUUUCAGUUUUUUCUGUCAAGUGUUGUUUCUUCUUCUCCCAAACUCGUCCAAACAUUGCUGGUAACAAGUCCCCCAUGAACUUGUUGAGCAGAAUUGUUGGGUUGGGUAGCCCAAGGGCAGCAGAAAACAUGAAUUCAACCACUGCUCGGGGACCAGAUGAUGACAUACCAGCACCAGGUCAACAGUUUGCCCAGUUUGGUGCUGGCUGCUUUUGGAGUGUUGAGCUGGCCUUCCAGAGGGCAUCAGGGGUGAUCAAGACAGAAGUUGGUUAUAGCCAGGGGCAGUUGCAUAAUCCAAGCUAUGAGGAUGUGUGUACGGGGACCACACACCACUCGGAGGUUGUCAGGGUCCAAUAUGAUCCCAAUGUAUGUAGCUAUGAGAGUUUGCUUGAUGUGUUCUGGGCUAGACAUGAUCCUACCACACUGAAUCGGCAGGGAAAUGAUGUGGGAACACAAUACAGGUCUGGAAUAUACUAUUACACACCUGAACAAGAGAAGGCAGCCAUAGAGUCUUUAGAACAACAACAGAAGAAGCUGAACAGGAAGAUUGUUACUGAGAUCCUUCCUGCCAAGAAGUUCUACAGGGCUGAAGAAUACCAUCAACAGUACCUUGAGAAAGGAGGGAGAUUUGGUUCCAAGCAAUCUGCUUCUAAGGGAUGCAAUGAUCCAAUUCGAUGCUAUGGUUAGAUUAAUAUGACUAGAUGUUUAAAGCAGGGAGUUUUCUUGAUAAGUAUUUGUUAAUAUACCAAUAAAGUAAGUCACAAUCUACCUACUCUCUGUAUUCUAUUUAUAGGGUGAAGAUCACUAUAGAAUCCGAAUCAGUUUUAGAGUUAUAUAGUAUUUUAUAUGUAUAGUUAUCUAAAAACUGAUUUUAUAACACCUUUAAUCAGUGACUCUUCUCGAGUUAAAAUAUCGUUAUUUUGUUGGGUUUUUCAUCCAA